CCUUUCUUUCCUUCUGCCUUGUCUCGUCUCUCUAGCUCCCUUCUGCUACACACCGUCCGUCUGUCUUUCCCUUUGUCUUCAAUCUGCGACGACUUCGGCUGAUUGCACUCGGCCUCCAUCGCAAUGCGGACCUCCAGCGAGUCGCACAGCAGGAGCGACGCCUUCAAUGGCAAGAAUGAUGCCUCACAAGUCACGGUCGACUCGGAUUCUGCCAGCAAAGAUCAUCACGACCAUGACCACCACCACAAGGACACCUCCAUCAACGAGCGUCAAUCCCAACAUGUCCACCAACAAGCGGGAGUCAGCAAAGUCGAGGCGUUCAACAAGGCCCUCUACCAAUCAGGACCCUCCGGUCGACUCCUCCUCUACGUCCUCGUCGCCUCUCUGGCGCUGACCAUGUUCGCCUACGCCCUCGACCAAGGCAUCACCUACCAAUUCAACGCCAUCGCCUCCUCCGACUUCAGCCAACACGCCUCCCUCGGCGCCGUCAACACCGCCAGCUCCAUCAUCCGUGCCAUCUCCAAACCCUUCCUCGGCAAACUCAGCGACAUCACCUCCCGUCCCACAACCUACGUCGUCGUCCUCGUCGUCUACGCCGUCGGUUUCGCAGUCGCCGCCUCCUCCCAAGGUCUCGCCGCCUACAUCGUCGGCGCAUCCUUUACAGCUUUUGGAAAAUCCGGCCUGGACCUCCUCAGCGACAUCAUCGUCGGAGAUCUUACCCCGCUCGAAUGGCGAGCCUUCUGGAGCGGCAUGCUCGCCACCCCCUUCCUCAUCACCACCUUCAUCAACGGCUUCAUCUCCGACGCCUUCGUCCCGAACAACUGGCGCUGGGGAUUGGGAAUGUUCGCCAUCAUGAUGCCCGUCUUGUUGACACCCGCCAUCUGGACACUCUACGGCAUGCAACUCAAAGCCGCGAAAAUGGGCAUGGUCAGCAUGGGCGAUUCCGGCCUUGCGCGGAAAGAUGGAGUCAAGGUUCAAGGCAUGCAACAAUACCUCCCCAUGGCGCGCUCCAUCGCCGUCGAAAUGGAUCUCAUCGGUCUCCUCCUCCUCGGACUCGCAUUCUCCCUGAUUCUCCUCGCGCUGAACUUGGCUCCUGCCUCAAACGGCGGCUGGUCGAACCCAAGCAUGAUCGCCAUGCUGGUGAUAGGAUUCGUCAUUCUAGGCCUCUUCAUCGCAUACGAAGCCCUCCUCGCACCAGUCCCCAUCACGCCAAAACGCAUCCUAACCAACAAAGCCUUCCUCUGCGCCCUAACAGUCGACGUCUUCAACCAAAUGGCCUCGGCAACCCGCAACAACUACUGGUCCUCCUACAUCUACAUCAUUAAACCGUGGUCCAACUACGUCUGGACCAUUUUCAUCGGAACCACAACCCUAACCCUCUGCACCAUGUCUCCCAUCGGCGGGCUCAUCCACCGGGCCACCCACCGCUACAAAACCCUCAUGGUGAUCGGCGCCAUCAUAAAACUAAUCGGCUACGGCGUCGGCCUCGACGGCAACAGUCGCAGCACACUCUCCACCGCUCGCCUCGCCGUCAGCCAGGUAAUGCUCGGAAUGGGCGCCUGGACCGUAAUCGGCGCCCGGGUAGGAUCCCAAGCCUCCGUGCCCCACCAAGACCUCUCCGUCGUCAUCAGCGUAAUGUCCCUCUGGUCAACCAUGGCGUCCUCCAUCGGCUCCACCAUCGCCGCGACAAUUUGGCAGGAUCGCAUGUUGAAUUACAUGCGUGAGGAAUGUCCCCCCUCUACACCAGAAGCCACACUCAAGAAAAUAUACGGUUCGAUUAAAACGCUCAAAACGAAGUAUGAUUGGGAGGACCCGGUGAGGAUGGGAGCGAUAAGGGCGUAUACCCGGACGAAUGGGAUUAUACUCGCCGUGAGCUUGGUUUUGGCGGCUGUGCCGGUGGUGUUUAGUUGUUUGAUGCCGAAUUACUACCUCGGCAAACAACAAAACGCAGUCACGAACACGGAUGUUCUGGGUGAGCGGACGGAAGUUCCUCGACGAGUCGAAGAACCAACAAACGGCAAGCCGAGUUUGUGGCAGAGGGUUAAGAGGGGGUAUUAUAAGGAGACUUGA